AUGUCUUCAACUACCAAGCCGACCAUCGUUCUCGUGCAUGGCGCAUGGCAUGGCUCGUGGUGCUGGAGAUUCCAAAUCCCCGCGAUCGAAGCUCUCGGCUAUGCUGUGGAGACCGUUGACCUACCAUGCGUUCGUGGGUUAGCGGGUACGACGCAACUCGACGAUGCGGCCCACGUACGGUCCGUUGUGGAAUCGCAGAUAUCUAUGGGUAAGCGCGUCGUUGUCCUAGCACAUUCCUACGGAGGACCAAUUGCGAGCGCUGCUAUUACGGGGCUAUCUGGAAAAGGAGUGCUGGGAAUGAUCGCUCUGUGUGCCUACGUCUUUCCUGGAGGUAUGGACCAAGGUGCGGUCAUUCGCGACCUUGGCGGCUUGCCCUAUGUGACGUGGGACGUGCCGAGUGAAGGCCUUUUCCUCACCAAAGAUCCGCGCAGUUUGUUUUUUCCUCCAGACGUGCCCGAAGAUCGAAUCGAUUGGGCAAUCCCGCAGCUUCGCCCUCAGAGCAUGGCCGCCAACAUGGGCAUUGUGCCGCCUCAAGCCUGGCAGGACGACUCUUAUAUUGGGAGAUUAGGCUAUAUUAGGUGUACGGCCGAUGUGGUCAAUCCGAUCGCACAGCAGGACAGCAUGGUGACGGGUGCAGGUGGCAAGGAAAAAUGGGUGAUCCGCACUCUCGAAGGAUCUGGCCAUAGCCCCUUCCUUUCGCGGCCACAUGAGGUAGCCGCUACACUUCAGGAUAUCGUGAAUGAUUUUGAAGCCAAGCUCUGA